CGUCGCAGACUCGAAAGGGAAAGCAACACUUGCGUGAUCGGUGCUCGCAUUCGCGUGUAUGUGCGGAUCGAAGCCGGACGCGAACGAUUAGCAGUGUAGAGCGCAUCGACACCGCGUAGUUGGAGCUUUGCGGGAGCUCGAAUGGUAGGAAUUUAAUCGUGAGGCAGAGGUUGGGACUUUUUAGGGUUUAAGGUGCUCGGUGUGACCAGGAUGUUGGGGAUGGCUGCGCGAGCGCGGGCGCUUCAAGGGAGCGCCCGUCUUCGCGCUGCUGGAUCGUCAGCGAAAGGUGGAACUGCGGCGAAGUCGAAGAAGGGGCGAAGCGCUGAAGGACCCGUAGUGCCCGUGGUCGCCAAGGAGCUACGUGAGAAGGCCGUAUUGGGGGCGAACAUUAAGAAGGACGGCUCUGAUCCGCCGAUUCUGGCUGAUAGUGAGUAUCCCGAGUGGUUGAGUGGCCUGCUCAAUAAGAAGCCCCCGUUGAGUGAAUUGCAGAGGAAGAAGCCCGAGUCCAUGGUUGACGAUGAGUUGAUCCGGUUGCUGAAGCUGGACAAUCGGCGGAGGAUUAAGGAGAACAACAGUUUGAAAGCCAAGAAGUAGACGGUGCGCCGCUCUUUUGAUUCGAUAUUAGUGCGGGUUGUACUCGCAGCCUCGUCUAAAAAUCAUUUUAGUUCAGUUUUAGUUCUCUGAAAUGCCGAAAUGUUGUCCAAUGGACUGCCGAAGACGUGUCGAAGGUGUUGGUGCAUUGUGCCCUAGAUUAUAUCACCGAAUUAAAUCUCCGUGUCGCCGUGGCUCUAAAAAUUGAAUGUGGGGCAGUUAGGAGGAACAGUGCUGCGAGGUAGUUUUUAAGGUUCGAAUCGAGGAGGUGACAAUGUUAUUCAAUCGAAUGCUUUUGAUACCUUAAACCUUGGAGUUUGAAAAGUCGUUAGUUCGCUUCCGUUGUGUUUCUGCAGAACCAGAAUUUACACUACUUAGUUUGAAUUCUUGCACGAAGAGCGAUUGGCGUGGUUUUAUUCUUCUCUUUUGCUGCUGUGAGAAGCUUGUCCUAACCCUUGUUGACCUUGGUGUGAUCUAGUUUUUAUUGCAUAGGCCUGGCACAAUGUCGGAAAUCUGCAUGAUUUUUCCGGCUGCGUCUUUCUCAGGCGAUGACAGUUUGUUGUAUUGACACUCCAUUCUGCGAGGUUCUUCACUAAUAUUAAUACCUCAACUCCACUUAGCGUGAA